AUGGAGGAUGACGCCGACGUCAACACCACCUCGACCCAGGGCUCUAUAGCCUUGUUGAGUGGCAGCGGUAGUAGUGGUGGCGGUAACCGCACGGAGUCGCAGUUGAGCAACAACGGGGGCAUGCGAGCCGGCGGCGAUGUGCGCCACCCAAGGCCCACGAAACAGGCAUCGAAGCCGGCACGGUCACAGUCACCUGGCGGGGCACAACCGCUGGUCACUCCGCCUCCCUCGGCGUGUAUGCCAAAACUGAUCACGCCGAGGGAGGCGGUGGGCCCGGCAGAGUUGUCCUACAAGGUGAACCUUUCCAACUCGCCUUCGCCAAGUAAUGUGAACCUGGCUUUCAUGCGGGUUGUUCAGCAGCUCGACUCGGAGGACUUGCAGAGCUCUGCAAGUCGCAGUGACCACAGUGAUAAGCAACGGCGUGAGGAGGAUGCCGUGGGCACUGCCAUCAACGAGGUCAAACCAACGAAUCAAGCCAGUGGGGAGCCGAGCAAGCUGUCUGCGAUGGAAGCGCAGUCGCCGACGUCUCCAUCUCAGGAGCGGCUCGUACCACCACCACAGAAAACCAGGCUGAGCAACAUGGCGAACACCACCGCCGCCGCCGCCGCUGCUGCCAUCAUCACCACUGACGGCAGUAUACACUUCGAGGACGAGAACAGCAGCGACGAUGGCGAAUACGCAAUGACGGCGUCGGCGCUGUCGGAGGCCGCGCCGCCACCCUGUGCGAGUGAGGCCAAACAAGCUGCGCUCUCACCACCCCACCAGCUGCGCCCUUCCCCUGCCGCUCCAGGGCCACCGACGGCUCUCGGCCCUGUCAAGACGCCGCCAGGUGAGGCGGCACAGCACUCCGUACGCUCCCCAGCGAAGAAAGCCCCAAAGAAGGUGUCCAUGAAGGUGGUAGUGGGGCCGCCUGGUAUUGGCGGAGGACCUCGUCAGGACACAACGCAGCAGCAACAUCAGCGCCCUGGCAUGGCGCUGGCGCAUUCCACGAUGCAGAGCGUCACCGCCGAUCAGCCGCCACUGCUGGCACUCUCAACGACUACAGGCCCAACGAGCUCGAAGGACGGCAUCCCGCUGAAACUACAGACGCCGGAAUCGCCUUCCGCCAACCCGCCAGUGAAUCAGCAGCAUCGGUCCCCUUUGGCAUCGCGCAAUAACCGCCUCGGCUGCACCGCCUCCGCAGCCACGGCGGCAGAGGCCUCAUUGGGAGCUACUGGCGCCAGCGCUGCAACUCUACGCAUGGCAUCGCUCACGAACCCCAACCUCUUCGCGUCCCCCGAAGAGGGCCCGGUGUGCUGCCCCGUAAGCGAGGUGACGAUGGUGAAUGCGGUAUCACCGGGCAGCGGUGUUUCGCCGUCACUUCGGAGCCCCAGUCUUGGUCUCCAGCAGAUCGGCAACACUGCUAAAGAAAGCCUGAGCCCCUCUUCUGAUCGCCCCUUGUUACCGCUUACGGCAGCCAGUCGUCAAGAGCAGCCCGCAGGCUUCUCACUUGAUGAGCCCAACGCGCUCGUGACGCUCAGCACGCCUCAUGAGGUCGCGAAGUCACUGGCAGCACCAGCAGCAGCACCGAUCGUAGCAGACCCUAACCGCCACGCAGAGCGUGGGAUGGGAGAUGAGGAGGCACACACGCUGAGACCGGGCAGCCCUCGGUUGCCGCGAGAGACUCAGUCUGGAGACGAAGGCGCUCACCGAAGCCACAGCGCCGCGUCCUCAAUCUUCAAGUGCCUGCCAUUCAAGGUACUGUGCGGUCACAGCGCGGCCUCCGUGGCCAUUAAGUCGGGCGCCGAUGAGAAUGGCGGGGGCCACGUAGGUGAGGCGAGCAUAGGCAGCUCUGCCUCCCGCCCAUCCACCCGCGGCCGCCACGCCUCUGGUCUCUCGCGACUCCUCUCCAUCUUCAAGCGGAGGGCCAGCCGGUCCGUGCAGGGGAACUCAGCGGUCAAGAACCAGCAGCCAUGCCAACCGGAAGGCAGCGCCUCCCUGAUGAGUACUGUCAAGGCGUUGUCGCAGACGUUGACGCCAGGAAAUGCAAUGAAGACCGCCGACAGCUGUGCCAGCCACCCCUCCGCUGACGUGCAAACCGGCCCUCAGCGGUGGCAGUCACCGCCGGCUGCCACUGCAAUAGCGCUAUCAGCAAACUCGAUCCAGACAGGACGCCUGUCGCCGUUACACAACAUAACGAACUCGUCGUACGGCAACUCCAUCGGCUUCCGCAUGGACGAGGAGGAAAACCCAAAGCGUGGGGAUGACGCAGCCGCAGCAGCACCCGUAGCGGGCGCGAGUGAGAGUGACAGUGUUGGGGAGAAGCAGCGUGGCAAGAGGAAAGACGAUGCGCAGCGCCAUGACCGCCGUCGGCGGCGUCAUCGUUGCCGUGGAGCGGAAGCGCAAGAUGAGACGUCGUCGUCGGCAGUAGGAGUCGACGAUGGGCGCGGCAGCCGCUGCUUUAUAGGUACUAUCGAUGACGUCAACGCCUCGUCCUCACCCACACCCUCGACAUCCGCGUCGUGCGCUGCAAAGCAUCGACGCCGACGCGAGCAGCGAGCGCAACAGAGUGAACGUGCCAACGGCGACCCAAAGUGUUGUCAGGAGCUCCCGCCCUUCCCGAUACUGCCGCUGGAGUCGCAGUCCUCCGACGGGUCCGCAAGCAGCGACGACCGACCGGAUCAUAGCAGGCAGCACCGGUCACAACGGGCCCGCCGCCAACGUCGAGACGGCGAUAGCAGAAGGGUUGCUGCUAGCGGCACGUUUGUGCCCGGCAUGGGAGCGCAGCAGAGACGCUAUCGACGUGCGUUGCGCGCCUUCCACCGCUUCGGCGAGGGCGCCCGACGCGACUCGAUCUCCCACACCAACUCAAACCGCGGUGGUUACGACGCCGGCGACUCCGUCAACCGGAACAGGCGGGGCUAUCGUGACAGCGCGGUAUCGCAGCCGCCGACAACCACUGCCGCUAUUCUUGCAGCACGACGUCGCGAGUUGUGCGUAAAGUCGCGCGCCAGGUCGUCAGUGGACCACUUUGCUAUGUCGUGGCGUACGCGGCAAGUGAAGCGGCAUCAGCAGGAACAGCUGCUUCGCCGUUCCCGUCAAGCGAAUAUUGCCCAACUGCAGAAACGCAAGGCAGAGCGGAAGGCCAGGUCCGAGGAGGCGGCAGUCGUAGAUGCCGUGGCCGCGGCGGCGUCGCGCAGUGCAUCUCGGUUGAGGAUGCUCGCCAGCCCCCAGCCGUCCACGGUGAAGGCACGUCAGACCAGCACAUCCGUGCCCUCGCCGCGUCAACGUACUCUAUGCCAGCUAGCGCAGUACGAGGAAGUCCUAAUGCGCGAUCUUCUUGCGCUGGACGACAUCCUAGAGAGGCGCCGACGACGCGAGCUGUGGGCGGAAGCGAGCCCGGAGGCAGCAGCAGCGGCGGCGACCGCAGAGGCAGAGACAACACCGCUACAUCACCCAUCGCGCGCUGCUCAGUGCCGCGCGAUCGCCACCCUCGCUCUCAGUGCUAGACCGCUGCCGUCUCACGUAGAGACCGCCACCGCCGCCGCUGCCGCGGCCAGCACGUUGGCAUCGAUGCAGAGGUCGGAUGAGAUGAACAGCGACAACAACGAAGCCGAGGCAGACUCGCGCCGCUCGAACUCGACACGGCUGCCAGGCAAUCCUACACGCCUCGAUAUAAGCGUACUGCUGCGCCGAUACGAGAAGCUGCUCGAGGAUCUCGCGACACAGACAGCACCGCAGCCCCCUGCAACGCUCGAGAGCGACAAUGGUGACACUUCCAGCGAUGUCGAGGCGUUCGUGAGGACGCACCUGCGGCACGACAAGGGAGGACUGAAUCACCAAGCUGCCUCCUCGUCCUCUAAGCGAAAGAGGCGGUCCGCGCCGGCACCGGUGCUUGUCGCCGACAGGAUGACGGAUGAAGUGGCGCUCUGUGCAGCGGCUCUGCGGGCCGAGUACUACCAACCACAGCAACAUCAGCAGCAGGAGCCAUCAAAGACCAUUGAGCGGGGGGCCCUUCCUGAAGCAUAUGAGGCCUGUGCCAACACAGUCCCGAUGGAGGGCGUGGCAGCCUCGCACGCGCAGGCGCUACGCCCGUCGUGCGCUGCCUGCUGUCCGCAACAGCUGGACGGGUACAUCGCGUUGGGGCUGCUCUCGAUGCUGCACAAAGUAGGCGAGCAUGACGGUGCUGCGGCUGCUGAGAGCGAGAAAGCGGUCAAUGCGCGGCAAGGUCAAACGCAGCCAGUCGCAACGACAACGCUCCCGCAGCGGCGUAUUCGCGAAGACCUCUACGACGCCCCUCGGCGUGGUGAACGUCGCCGGAUGGUGCAAACAAACGGAGAGAAGACCACCGGCUUUGACGGCAACAUCGCAGCCACCUCGCUGAUCACGUCGGUCUCGGUCCCUUCUAGCGCUGUUCUGUCGUCGCUGCACCCGCAGAGCGCGGAGGCGGCAGCGGCGGACCGCGAGGUCGGCUUGUCGUCAAACGCCGGUGCGGCACUCUCGGCCCUGGCGCAGCCACCGCGCUCCUCCACGCCAACCCCGGAGGUUAACUACGGUGCACUGCGCACGCAACUGAUGCGGCUGGAGAGCCGCACGCGACGGGAGUGCGUAUUGCAAGAGCAGGCAGCGAUGCACGCGCUGAAGCGGCUCUACCUUGUGGAAACCAUACUGGUGUUACGUGCCAUGAGUGAGACGACGGAGAUGCAAGCACAGGAGGUGCCAGCGCAUGGGUAUCAACAGCAGCUGCAGCAGCAAUGCACCAUUGCGAGCCACCAUAGCCCAGAGACACCCGUCAACGACAAGGGAGGCAAGAAGAGUGGCAGCGCCGUCCUUACCGAUGGAUGGGUGGUACCGUCGAGUUCUGCCAUCAGCAGUGCGGCACGCGGGGAUGAGAAGGGCAUGCCGAGCCCCGCCUCACGCACCAUCAACAGGCCGAAGAGGUCCAGCAGUGCCAGCAGAAUCGUGCGCCGUGGAUCGCGGCCACCAGCAGCCGAAGACCCGCCGCCGGCGCAGAAGCCCUCCAGCGGCAGUCACCGCACCCCUCCGGUAGUCUCUAUUGACGCAGACCUUAGCAGCUGCCCACGCGAGGAGAGCACCACGGCCGUUGGAAGUCGGCCGCCUCUCGCCUUGACAGAGAUGGCGCUGUCACCGUCCGCGCAGCAGGAGGGCCACCGCAGUCGUAGUCCGUUGUCCGCCACACGAAGCGGCGGCGGUACUGCUGGAGUACCUGCGGUAGCGACUGUGUCCGUGUCGCAGGAACCGCGUGAACAGGCCGCUGCGGCCCCGCCCUCCUUGUCCCCACCGUCUCUAGAGGUGGUGGCGGGGAAGGCAGGGGAAAACGAAGGAAGCGCCGCAGACACGCGAGACACGAUCAGAGACGGAUGCAACGGCGGCAGUCCCGAGACCGAGGCGUGGGCGCCGCACCUGACGACGGCGACACAAGGUGAGGACAAGGGCACAAGGCACGACAGCUCGCCGUUGCCGUCUCCGCCAGCUGCGGCCACGGAUGGUGGCGACGGGGUUGGUCAGGAUGAGGGUAACGGCGACGAUGUCGAUGUCGCGCAGAGCUGCGGCAACAGCAGCGCUUCAUCGGCGCUGUCCUUCCGCGUAGAAGGCGAUAACCAGAAAGGAGCUGCGCUGCUGCAGCCCGAACCUAGCGCUGACGACAGAGGUAAGAAUCCGCACCUCGCGGUGGCGUCAGGCAACUCAAUUGCAGCCACUCCCACCGCCACAGCACAGCCGUCCGCGGGAGAGUCUACUUCUCCAGCAACCUCAGUUGUGGAUGGCCUAGCCAUGCCGUUCAGCACGUCGUCGCAAGCGGCGGAGGCGCGACCCUUGUCCAUCGACCAAGGCGAGCACAUCCCUAACAGCGCCCCUCACGGUGACGUUGACGAUCUUGUCAAUAACGCCGCCGGCACGGUGAUGGACGCAUCGCGUAGAGGUGUCGCAGCAGGCCUGUCCUCUACCGCAGUGCACACCAGCACAACGCCUCGCCGCUUCCCUCUGUCGGUGCCGCCAUCGUCGUCCCCCUCCUCCUCUUCCCCCUCGGCAUUGUCCUCGCCACCCUUUGAUCUGCACAUUGUCGAAGAGAAGGGAGGUACAGUGUUAGCAGCCCUUUCCCCAGACGGCACGGGCGUCAGCUACGAGCAAGAUGAAGGCGAAGAAAGGCACCAGGAGGAAAACACGGCUGGGGAAGACGAGGGUACCGUCGAUGCGGCGUACAAGGCGGACGAUGUGAGUGCCAAGGACGUGGAAGCAGUGACGCUGGACGCCGUCCAGGCCCAAGUUGCACCCGUCAAGUCGACAGACAGUACUGCCAUAGCAUCAGCCACUGCGGCGGGGACGAUACCACAGUCUGAGCGACCAGUGAGCACGGGAGCCGAACCGAGGCAGGCGCCGGACGACUCACCACAGCAACAGGGAAAGCAGUCACUACCAAUGACCACCGCUGUGUCAGCCCCGUGUCGCCGUGUGAGCUUCUCCCUUUCACCGGGGCUGGUGAGCGGCGGCGACGGGAAGGAGAAUGAGGCUAGCAAGGCAUCAAAACAGACGCACGGGGAGGGGCUAGAGGCCUCCCAUGAUGCCUUUGGCCGACAUUCAGUGACGCCAGGGAGUUUGAAAGACGCAGCUCCUGCGGCAGCGACGGUGGACAAGGAUAAAGUGGCGGCGGAUCUCUUAGAGAAGCUCAACGGCCUGGAUGCGCUACUCCUCUGCAAUUUCCCCGCCUACUUCACCACUGGAACGGAUGAAGACGGGCUCCCCAGUGUGGUGAUGCGCCAUCCUCGGCGUCCGCCACCCACCUCGUCCUCGGUGCAGCCGCGGUGGCGGCGCUCACCUUUGGCGUCGACACCGUCAGUCGCCGCAAGAGCGACAGCGGGAGCCUCGUCGCCGUGCGACGCGCACGCAAUUCCCCUUCGUGACCGCCUCACACCGCCGCGACUGCCGCGAAAGAGCUUGGCUUCGCAGCUUCGCCGCAAGUAUGGUCUGCCUCAGCUGCAGCACCAGCGCAGCCCACCCAUAGGGACUAUGGCGAGCACAGAGGCACGCACAACGGUGUCGCUAGCGGAUACGACCAGCAUCACGACCGCCGUGCCCGUCGGCGCAGAUGCGAUGGAAAUGGCUCGCGUGAACGCGUCGCCCUCAGCAGCGGCGGCUGUGUCCUCCACGCACCCGUCUUUACAUGGUGUGCAGCCAAAAGAGCCAACGUCCGCGCCAUCGACAGGUAGCCCUCACACCACUGUCACGCGCGCGAGCACAGGCAUGAAUGUCUCAGCAGCUCCUGCGACGCCACUGGGCGAAGCCCCCUGA